CGUAUUUUGAAUUCACCAUAGGGCUCAGCCAUUCCUAGAGGAAUUCUAGGCACCUUGGAAAAAAGCGAAAUCGCGCUAGGGAUUUCAGCCGAUCUGGCAGCUCUUCCGAUGCCACUGGCGCGCCUUUUAAUCCAAAGCGCCUUUUUCGUGUCUCAUGUUUGCUCGUUUAUUGCGGAGGCCUAUAUAUGCUUCAAGAUGCUGGAAAAGGAUCACUUCCAAGUAAUCUGGAAGGCUGAUGCCAAGUACAUCUUGUGCGAGAAGCUUGAUAUGAUUCCUGACCUGGAACCGGAGUUGAUGGAGGGCACCACUGUGGCCUACCGAUGUCCGGCGUCAAAGGAAUCGGCCCUGCAGUGGAUUCAGCUGUACCAAGAGGCCGCCAACAUCCCCCUGACGACGUACGACUCCAUGUCGAAUGGCCAAAGGGUGGUGUACUGGGCCAGGCUUCGUUGUCACCACGACGUCCCAGAAAAGCCGAGUCGUCCGAGGAAAAACCAAUCCGCCAAGGACACCGGGUGCCCCCUGCGCCUGAAAGUGACUGUCGCCAACAUUCCAAAACGGAAUAGGUCUACAGACCCAUGCGCGGCUUACGAGCUACGGGUGACAUGUAACAAGAAGCCCCACAACCACGCCGUGGACAACGCUGCCGCUCUGAGACAUCGACGCGUCUCUGAGCUGACGAAGGCCCGGCUGAUGGAGCUGUUCCAGCACCACCACUCGCCCUCCACGGCGCUGGAGACCCUGAAACUACAGCUUCAGGAGAAGCAUGGGAGCGCCUACCCGUCGGUGGCCGCAGACCGAGCCAUUGUCCCAGAUAGGAUGGCCGUCUACUACCUGUACUACAAGCACUGUCGGGAGCGUUACCCAGCCUCGACCCAGGAGGAGACCAUGGACCUCAUCCGCCACAUGAAGGACGUCCGCACGGCGGUCUCAGUCGAGGACGGCGAGACGGUGAUCGCGGCGGUGACGCCGCUGAUGGAGCGCGUCCACACGCUCCCCGACGCGGGAGAGGUGGUCUUCGUCGACGCCUCAGGAGGGAUGAACCGGCACGGCCAGCGCGUCUUCCUGCUGAUGUGCUGGAGCCCGGCCGGUGGUCUGCCUCUCGGUGUCAUCGUCUCCACCUCGGAGACCGAGGCCGUGGUGGACAAAGCCUUCCGGCUGCUCGUCGGGAUUUUACCAGACGGCGCCUUUGGCGGGCGUGGAAGGCGCGGCCCUCUGUGCUUCAUGACGGACGACUGUCAGGCCGAGCGGAACGCGCUGUCGGCGGUGUGGCCUGAGGCGCGGCUCCUGCUGUGCACGUUUCACGUGCUGCAGGCCGUCUGGCGAUGGCUUCACAACGGCAAACAUGGCAUCGACAAGCAACACAGGCAGGCUAUCAUGGCACUAGCCAAGCAGCUCGUGUACGCCAACAAUGAGGCGGAGAUAGCGACGACGAUGGAGCUGGUGGCUACCGAGUGGGGCGAGCGCUACCCACUGCUGGACCAGUAG